GACUGCUUAUCAUGUUGAGACACCUCCUUGUCUUUGUUUCUUCCAGCUGGCAGAGAGUAGCGUCUCCAAAUAUUGAAUAUAAGCAGAAAGUAUAUAUAUAUAUAUUUAUAUAUAAGAGGGAUAUUCUGGGAGCAGUCAAGAGGAGGUUCACAAUCUAAAUGUCCUACUGAAAUAGUCUGCAGUGAUGGAUUCCCCAGAGUUCUCCCUAUUGUCGUCCUUGAGGGGAGAGUUUAAAUCAGAGGACUACAUCCAGCCUCACUAUAAGGAGGCGUACCGCCUGGCGAUUGACUGCCUGGUGAGAAACGGCAGAGACAGUUACCAGGAGUUUCUCAAGGGAGAACGUAUCGGGGGCUUCCUGUCAGAGGAUGAGCUUCUCUUCAUCACUGAAAACGCAGAGCAGCUACCACCUCAAAGUCACGCAGAGGAAACCAACGGAGCACCAGACACUCAAUCAUCCUCAGGGACGUACUGGCCCGUGCACUCGGAUGUGGCUGCACCAGAUUUGGACUUGGGAUGGCCUGAGGUCAUGCACGAAAAACUGCAGACAAAUAUAGAUCUGCUCUAUCAUCCACCCAGACAAAACACUCCAACUGUCAAAGAGGUGAUCCGAAAGCAUAUUCAGGAUGCAAGACAGGUUGUUGCCAUUGUGAUGGACAUGUUCACUGAUGUCGACAUAUUCAAAGAAACCGUCGACGCUUCUAUACGAGGAGUCCCAGUCUACGUGCUUUUGGACGACUUCCAUUUGAAAAGUUUCCUCAAAAUGGCUGAAAACCAAGACGUAAAACUUCAACAGCUGAGAAACAUGAGGGUGCGCACCGUGAAAGGUCAGGAUUACCUCUGUCGAUCAGGAGCUAAAUUUCAUGGGGCAAUGGGGCAGAAGUUUCUUUUGGUCGACUGCCACACUGCAUUUUAUGGCUCAUACAGCUUCACUUGGUCGUUUGAGAAGAUCAAUCUGAGCAUGGUGCAGGUCAUCACGGGCCAUCUGGUGAAGUCCUAUGAUGAGGAGUUUCGAACACUCUACGCCCGCUCGACUGUGCCAGCUGAGCUGUGUUCCCCGGAGGCCUUGUUUCAGCGCAACGGGCCACAUGGGCUUCUGCCAACAUCUCAUUCUGCCCCAAAAAUCGAGCGCAGCAACCAGUUGAGACACACUCUGGACACAGUCUAUCGGAAAACCUGCGAGAGAAAACUUGGCGGCAGACAUUUUGAAGACAGGCUGCUUGAAGAGGAAGACAGCACACUUGGGCCCAUGAUUGAGAAUGGCAUCGGUGUUCACAAUCACAUACCUCAAUUUCAGUCCCCGGAGACAGCAAACUUCUUGAAACGGCACAGCUACGCUGGCGAGAGACAAGACGGGUUGAUCCCACAGAACAUCAGGCCAAGAGCGAGCAACUGGAAUAUAUCUAGAGAUACAGUAAACGGACCAAACAACUACUCUAUGGACAAUUAUUUACAAAUGCCGCAGAUACACAGAGGUCAAAACAUGCGUCAGUCGUACAAUGGCAAUGACAAACAGGUGCUUACUAUGCAGCAGAACAUGCCAACCCUGGAGAACACUUCCAAAUCAUUCAUGCGCACAUGGAGGAUUGAAUCUUACCUUAAAAACCCUGAUGUCUCUUUUGGAAGCUCUUGUGACUAUUUGGACCAGUUUGAACAUCAGGACAAGGCUAACAACUUCAUGCAGGGAAGAAUGAGAUCCUCUCUAGUUUUCAGAUCCACCAUACCUGAACAAAUGGAGCCAAACACACACGUAAACAACACUCCCGCUGGUCUCAGUCCCUCGGCAGCCACAAACACUCCUUUUCACUACUCAUCGAUGCAGUGGAGUCCAGCGGCGGCAGCUGACGGCAGAAUGAACAAUGACGAGUUCAUGUUAAAGAGGCAAAAUUCUCAGAUUUUGGACGACUUUCAAAAUAACACAGGUUACGGCCCAGGUAGAGACUCUUACCACUCUACAUAUGCCAGCUUAGGCAGAAAGAAAGGCACACAGAUCAUUACAAACCCUGACCUCCUGACAGACAGCUGGAACAAAAGGCAUAGUGUGGCAGAUCCAAGAUCAAACGCUGAGUACAUGCAUGAAUCAUCAGGUCACAUGCGUGGUGCUUUUACAAGGAAGCAAGUAAACCGAAGCACAGUAGGGAUCAAUGAACAUAAUGGGGGAUAUGGGUCAAAUCUGAAUGAAGAUCAGAGGUCUGUCUCUCAUUAUGAUGUCAAGAGUAUCACAAGCACAAAGAGCCCCAAUGCUCACAACUGGCAGGAUCCGCCGUGCAGGACUGUGUCUGCAGCAGCCCUGGAUGCCAAUAGCAAGGAUUUGAAAGACAAGUCGAACAGCGUGAGCUCUCAUUCAUCUCAGCAUUUCCUGAAGAAGAGCUCCAAGAAAAUAAAAUCCUUGUUGAACAUACCAGAGAAAAAAGAGAGUUCGAUCAGAGCCAUGGAAUCACUGAGUCUCAAAUCAGGGGAAAGCACAGACACCUUAACUGCCGAGGAUGACGAGAAAACGUCAUACGGCGGACGAAACCUUCACCACAGCACAACCAAUUCAGUCAGGGUCUCUUCACGGUACCAGGUAAACGGGCUGGACGACGACCACUUGAAGUCUUCAAAACCACGAUUCACGACUGAGGAACUACAAGAUCCACCGCAGAUGUGUCUCCCCAAAACCAGCACGCAGAGGAAGCCCAUCGGUCCUGACAAAAGCGUGAGGCCUGGCCUCGACGCGGGCAGCUGGAGCAGAGAUCGAGGAGCUGAGCAUCGCAUGUACAGCAGGUUUGAGCCUUUCUGCUCACUGGAAAAGAAACCCUCUCUACGCACUACACACAGCUUUGGAAACACACACUCUCAGGAGAAAACCAAAGGCCUUUUGAAAGGUGAGACGGCUGCUGAACACAACUUCACUCGGGCUUCACGAGGGCAACACGAGAAUAAGCUGGAGAAAUUCUUUCACAGAAUGGGAAGCCUCAUAAACAAGAACAAGUAGCGACAAAUCUACACAGGUCACUUCAAACUAAAGCACACUGGACUGGUGAUGUUUGCAGGUGUAUUAUUGGUAUUUUCUGCAUUUACUUUAAAAGAUAUUUUUAGGAAAAAGUUUACAUUUAAACCUUUGCUUAGUUUGAUGUGUUCGGAUGCACUGAUGAAUGUCAAUAAAAGGAGAACAUAUUUAAUAUGAAUAUAUACAUCAGAUCUUUCUUUGUGUUCAUAAUAUGACUGUUAAACUGUCUGUCCUCAGCUGGCGUCAACCUCCGCCAUAAAUUCAAACCCUGUCAAAAAAUAAUUGCGGAUGCAUUUGUGAGUGUCAUAUGUACAGAAUUUAUUGCUGCAAAUGUAGUGUGCAUACCAGAGGGUUGUUAUUAUAGUCACAGGGUAAUUCUACUUUAGCGUUGAUGGCAAAACAAGGUAAAGACAUCGGUAUGCAAAAUAACUGAACUUGAUGAAAAACAUCCCAACAGGCCUUAAUGCACCACAUCUUUAUCAUUUAUUUGUCAGACAGGUUGUAUGAAUGCGAAGGGGGUUCAAAUAAAGUUGUAAAGUACAUGUUUUGUUUUCCUGUAAUAAAGUUUUGCACAAUCUUUUCCUUUA